CAAGGAUCAGUUAGAAGUAGCCGUAGCAGCAGUCAGCAGCACCUUACGCCAGCUCUCCGCGCGCGCUCGAGUUUUUUCCCCCAGUUUUUGGCCGAGUUUUCUGGAGUUUGUGUCUUGAGAGGAGUUAUCUCUUUGGAAAUCCGGGAAUCCGUGGACCGACGUCGUCGUCGUCGCCGCCGCCGCCGCGUAGAGUACUGUUUAGAGUAGCGUAACGGCAGCAGCAGGAGCAGCCUCAGUCACGUUUUGGUAGUGGUCGAGAUUAGACUAGUGUGAGAGAGAGAGAGUCGAGACACCGGAAGUUGGUACCAGCAGUUCCGCACGCACGGAGAUCCGUAGGUCGUAGUGUUCCGACGCCGGCAGCAGCUGUCGCGAAGAAUCGUUCCGCGCGAAAUACAACACCACAGUCCAUACAGCGCUUAGUCCUGUAGUCUUGCCUUGCCUGCGGUAGAGUUGCAUCACCACACACAGAUUACACGACACUUUUGACACUCUUUUUUUGUUGAUGUUCACACACCUGCACCCCCGUCCGUGUCGAACGCGCGUGUGAGUCGCCAAGUCGCCAAGUCGCCAAGUCGCCGAGAACGCGUGUCCAGAUCUCCAGAGUUCAAGGCGAGCCGUGGAUUCCACUUGAGCUGAAAAAGGGAGCAGUAUUUUUGGAAUUUUCGCCUGCUACGCGAUUCAGGAAAAGCCAGACGCCGGUGUUUUCGGAAAAUAGCCAGCUUUUUGGAGAGAGUGAUUGCGUUGCGGGGCAACACGAGAGUGGAGGAAGUUUUGUGGAAGGAGGAAGAGUGCAUAUAAAUUUAAUCUAAGCGAUUGAAAACAGCAUCGCCAGUGCACCGCUCUAAUUGAAUCAACGGAAGUUCAUUCAAUAUUGAAAAAAUACACUAUCAUCAUCGUCGGCGUGCCGCUCUAGAAAUAUAAAUAUAUAUACAGCAAAACACACAUCACUAUCUGUCUAUCUAUCUCUUUAUACAUAUAUUCAAACAAGUAUAAAUAAACGAUUAGUAGCUAAUUGAUAGUUUUUCGUUUUUUCGGAUUACGAGUAGCAGCGCAUCAACCACUUAAAAAUAAAACACACUAUUUAGCCCCUCGUUGAUUGUGUAGAGAGCGUGUUCGUUUUCGUGUGUAGUUCUUCGUGUAAACCGUGUUCGAAUAUCUAUACUCCCAAGUUCCAAGUAUCUCGUGUAGCAGCAUCUCCAGCAGUGCAAGUCCGCCAAAGAACAUCGCAAAUCUCAAAGUCCCUCCGAAGCAGCAGCAGCAGUCGUAGUCGAGUUCAACCACGUGGCGUUGUGUCAAGUUCAGAGCGCCGUUAUCAGUAUCCGGCAAUCGAAGCCAAAGUCAGUGAUUCCGUGUGAUUCCGAGCUCGAAGAGCUCUCAAAAGUGCGUUCGCUGAUACAGCUGAAGUGAAGAAGCGUUAGCGCGUGUGUUUACACCUUAAGAAAAAAAAGUUUAAAAUUGUGAUAUCUAGCUUGAAAGCACAGUGCGAGAAGCAGUUCUAGAAGAUCCGUAGCUCUCGAGCGAAGCAUUUACCCAGCCACGCCGUUGGAGCAAGCCAUCAAGCUGUGGAAGAUGGAGCACCACCAGAGCCAGGACAUGGCCGGAGCGCACCAGGCCGGCGGGGGCAAUCAGGCCGAGGUGCCGAACGACCCAGGAAAAAUGUUCAUCGGAGGACUCAGUUGGCAGACAAGUCCAGAAAGCCUUAGAGAUUACUUUAGCAAAUUCGGAGAAAUCACAGAAGUCAUGGUGAUGAAGGAUCCCACGACGAGGAGGUCGAGCUCGACGGCGAUGGGAUUGGCUGAUUCCUCCGCUCCCCUGUACUCGAGGCCAAGAGGGUUCGGCUUCAUCACCUUCGGUGACCCCGCCAGCGUAGACAAAGUAUUAGCACAUGGCACACACGAGUUGGACGGCAAAAAGAUCGACCCCAAAGUGGCAUUUCCUAGGAGAGCACAUCCAAAGAUGGUGACGAGAACGAAGAAGAUAUUCGUGGGUGGUUUAUCGGCACCUACCACACUGGAGGACGUGAAAAGUUACUUCGAACAAUUUGGACCGAUUGAGGAUGCCAUGCUGAUGUUCGACAAACAAACCAACCGACACAGAGGCUUCGGAUUCGUCACAUUUCAGAGCGAAGACGUGGUGGACAAAGUUUGCGAGAUCCACUUCCACGAAAUCAAUAACAAAAUGGUCGAAUGCAAAAAGGCCCAGCCCAAAGAAGUGAUGCUGCCGGCGAACCUGGCGAAAACGCGCACCGCAGGACGUGGGACAUACGAUUUUAUGUGGUCGCUGGGGACUUUACCUGAUGGUUUCCCCGCCGCCGCAUACGCCGCGUACGCGGCCGGUCGCGGCUUCUCCGGCUAUCCGAGCUUCGGACUACCGUACCCCACAGUGGACAUCACAAACGGCCAGCUGACACCAAACAAUAACACCCCGCUGCUAACACAGGCUCUAUCAGUGAUGAACAACUACCAGGCGGCGGCAGCGGCCGCGGCGCAGGGCUUCGGCACGCCGGCCUCCCCGCACACGACCACGGGGGCGCGGACCGGCUUCACCAACACCAACUCGCCCGGACCGACGAUCGACAUGUACAGCUCGAGCGGGGCGGACAGCGUCGGGUACGUCCAGGCGACCAGCCCCCAGCCGUCGGGCUUCCCGGCGAUCGCCGUCAGCCGGGCGCCCCUCAACUACAGCCCGGGUCAACUGAUUCCAGCGGCGUUCACCAACGGCUACCAUUGAAAUAAACUAAGCAAUAUUUGAUCACCAUCGUCGCUAUUAUUUUGGACCGGGGUAUGAUUUCCAUUUGUCCCAGGCAGCAGCAAACAGCACCAACCGGAAAAAAGCCAACACAAAAGAAGCCCCCCUCCAACGACUCCCAACAACAACAACAGAAAGCCAGUAAAGAACAACCAGAAACGAAUAAUCACACACAGAUAUACAGAAAACCCCGAAGGACUCUCUCUUCAUACGCGUGCAAUUCAAAACUACAAAACCCCAACACAUCUCACAUCAUAAAUACGAUCAACACGCACACACAAACUCACACACACCCUGACAGUGGUACUAGUAAUGUGAGAAAGGACGUGUGUAAAUUGUGUAAUUGUGCAAAGUGUGUGUGUGUGUGUGUGUGUGUGUGUGCGCGCGACCACACGCUGUUUCGAGCACGUGUCAACAUAAUUUUUGCUUUUUGUAGUCAACAGGCGAUAAUUGGAACGCUUUCUAUGGACGGUCCCCCGCGUACCCAACCGCUCCUCCUUGGUGGUGUGGUAGUGUUGAAUUGAGCGAGUGAGUGAGUGCCUAAGUGAGUUUGUGUGUGUGCUGCAAGAGCGAUCUCAUCUCGGCUGGCUGAGUGAGUAAAGCUUACGAAAAUUAAUUAGAAGAGGGGGGCACAAAAGCGCAACAGUCACAAAAUCAAACGUAAAAGGGCUAAUCCAACUACCACAUCAACAACAUCAAGAACAACAUCAACAAAAAAUACACAAACACACACAAGGAUAAUAAAAGGUAAAACAAAAGAAAAAAAACAUGAAAUAAAGAAAUAAAAAUAUACUACACCACACACACACACAGAUAUUUGUAAGCAAACCAACAACAACCACAAAAAACACACACAAAAAGUGCAUCAUUGUUUAAGGCUAUUGAAGGUAAACAAGAAGUAAUUUGUUUGGAAAAUAUUUGUUAUUCUCUUUAUAUUUACUUAAUUUUUAACUUUAAAUACAAUUAUUAACUAUACUGUAAGAGCAAAGCGGAUGAAAACCGAAUUCUUUAAUACUAAGCAAAAACAAACUUACUGAAAGAAACAAAAAAAAAGUUUAAAGAGAGCAAUGAGAGAACGAAAGUAGCAAGUUCGCUCUCGUGAGAGAUAAAAAAAAGAAAGAGAGAACAAAACACACACACAAACAAUAAUUAAGCAAAACUUAUUACGUUUCCGUUUUUUUGCUGCAAGCAACUAUCUAUUAAAAUAUGAUAAUUUUUUACCUUUUUUAACGAAUUAAGGCAACUGUAAAGGCAAACAAAAACAAAAAAAAAUAUAAGAGCUAGUGGUCUUAGGGUAUAUAUAAAUAUAUAUUUAUUAUUAUGGGGCAGACAGGAACAAAAGAAAAACGAGAAGCGAAUCGAUGAUAACUACUUUUUGAGCGCGGCUAGCGUUUGUUUUUAGCACCAACAAUUAACUAACCGAAAAAGAAAACCAAAACUCCUCUAUCCUCCUAUCCGAUUGUUCGACCUUUUUUCAGAAAUCCGGAAAUUCCUUGCAUUUUCGAAAGUAACGGAACCGCAACGCAGCUUAACCCUUAAUAAUUGAUUAAACGUUUGAAAACUACUCGUGCAGUGUGAUUUUCUCCGUUUGCGAGAAAAGGUUCAAGUACCAAAACAAAACAAAGCAAAAAAUAGCAGCAUACCAAAAACCAAAAAUAAAUCACAACACCCAAACCAAGCUCCGGCAAAUGGAAAAAUAAAACGCAAAAUUUGUGUAAAAAAAAAAGAUGGAAGGAAUCGAAGCAAAGAGAACAGAAAAAAACGAAGAAGAAGGAGAAAAAUGCAAUAAUAAUUGUUACUAAAAAGUAAGGCAGUAAGCAUACAAAACAGUGCGAAAAAUGGAGUAGAAGAAGACGGAAAGAUACACCCAUUCAUCAUCAGAGAAAAGGUAAUAAGCAUACAAACAAAAUAGAAGAGAGAGAUAGCAGAGAGGAGAAAACAAAAAAAAUGUGACCGGAACGCGAGGAGAAGUUAUAAACUUUGGAUUUUUUUACACUGGAAGGUAAAAAACUAUCCGAGCGAGAAGGUGAGCUAACUUUAAUGAGAAUGUAAAUUAUUAUAAAUACAUGAAUUAUAUGAAUUAAAGAAAAGCGUAAUUCAAAGAAAAAAAAAAACAAAAAAACUUAGUUAAAUAUAAAUUAUAUUGAAAUUUAAAUUAAAUAAAUAAAAUAAUACAAAUAUUUAAAACAAAUACUAUGAUAAUAAAAUUAUUAUAAAUUAAUUUUUAUCAUUCAAGCAACUCAUGAUGAAUAAAAACAACGUGGGAAAAUGUGGAUAAAUAUUUGAGAGCGCGAAAAAAAAACAAUUUAAAUGUGCGAUCACUGGCAGAUUAAUGUGAACACAGCAAAAACAUAAUUUCAAUUAAAACGAAAGUGAACCAAAUUGUAUGGAAGGCAAGUCUCUCACACAAAGAAAGAAAAAAAACACACACACACAUGCAAAAUGAAACCAUUUAAAUUUUAAUACAAAAACAAAAAUCAGCAUAAGAAAGGCCCAUUGCAUGACAGUUACAAACAUUACCACUGACAGUUAUUGCAAGAUCCAAUUUUCUCUCACCCAUACACACACAUCCCUACAACAAGUUAUACAACAAACAAAAACAGAAAAAGCAAAAACAAACACACUCACACAAGAAAUCAUUCAAAACUACUGGGAGGAAAACAGUUCAAAAAGGCAGGACAGAUUAUUAUUGUGAA